CUAGCUGCCGCGCGGUGCAGUGUGGGAAGGCCUAGGUGCUAGGCGUAGAGGCAUCGUUGUGUGCGUGGUGUGCCUGCUUUCUCUCUUGUGAUUUCGUUUUGCGGAGUAGACGAGCGUCACAAUGAUCAAGCUCUUCUCCCUCAAGCAGCAACAGAAGGAUGGUGAGGCGACGGGCAACAAGCCGGCGAGCCAGAAGCGUGCCUCUGCGGCCCAGCUACGCAUUACGAAGGACAUCAACGAGUUGAACUUGCCGAAGACCUGUCAGAUGGAGUUCCCCGAUCCGGACGAUCUGCUCAACUUCAAGCUGGUUAUCUGCCCCGACGAGGGCUUCUACCGAAACGGUCGCUUUGUGUUUAGCUUCCGUGUAAGCCCAAACUACCCGCACGAACCCCCCAAGGUCAAGUGCGACACAAUGGUCUACCACCCGAACAUAGACCUGGACGGCAACGUCUGCCUCAACAUCCUGCGCGAAGAUUGGAAGCCUGUGCUGACGGUCAACUCGAUUGUCUACGGCCUGCAGUACCUCUUCCUCGAGCCCAACCCCGAGGACCCACUCAACAAGGACGCCGCCGAAGUUCUGCAGAGCAACCGGAGACUGUUCGAACAAAACGUCAAGAAGGCCAUGCUUGGAGGCUACAUCGGCGCGACGUACUUUGAACGGUGCCUGAAGUAGCCCUACCCGCAAUGCUGUCUUCUCUUAUCCUUUGGGGGUCUGCGGGAAAGAAGAAAAAAAUAAAGUGCGAUGAGUCUGCUACUGGUGCUGAUGUCGCCGCAACCACCACCGUUGUGCUGCUGUUAGGUGCUUUGCAGGGCUCGACUUGUGCCAGUCAUGUCAUGUAUGUAUUGAUAUGCAUCACGGGCCCGUUACAAACCUCGUAGUGGGCUUUUAACGGGCCGUGUUUAUGCUGCUUAUUAGAAAAGCUCCGUAUCGCUAGUUUGCGGCGCAGUUUUACGUUGUGGGAAGAACUGUCGGCCCUCAUUUUGCAACGUUUUGUGUAACAUUAUUGUAGCGGUCGUCCUGAAGCUCUUGGAUGUUAUUCUCGUUUAUGAUGCUCACGAGUUUCAGAGAAGCGCCCCUACGUAUUGUACGCACAGUGAAGCGCACAGUUCUUCCCCGUUCUAACUGCGGCCUUGUUUUUGUCUUAGACGUAGCAAUGGUCUUACGCAACAGGCAGGCACUUCCGAGGAGACACCUUCAUUAAGAAGGUGGUUACGAUGCUCUGGUUAUGUGGCUACACAUAAAUGGUACAUGCGGUUCAUCAGUCGUGGGUCGAAGUGCACUCGCCUUCACCAGAUCUGUGAAUUUGAUUAAUUAUAUGACGAGUGUUUAUUAUCUGUAUAUUGUUCCUACUGGCCUCGUCUGGUCUAAUGAAGCCAGGCUUUGCAGGCAGACAAUGUGCAAGUACUGGAUAGUGCUUUAUGUAUUUGUCAAGAAAGGUAUCACGCAUGCCACUUAUGUCUGGAAGUUGAUGGUGAUCAUUGCCUUUUGUUUGAGAAUACCAUGAUUAUGCUUGAUCUGUAAUCUUUUGGUAAUCUUGACUUCAAAUGACCACUUGGCACCCUAAUCAUGUGAGAAGUCGAGGUCUUGUUUACUGAACUUAAAAUUCAUUGUUCGCAAUGUAGCAUCGUGUGACCCUGAUAGCCACUGUAGUACAACUGUCACUGAUUCAGUGCUGUAAAGAAUUAAUUUUUUCUCCCUUGUAAAACCUUCAUUAACAGGUGAGCAAUUUUACUCUCGUGAGCACGUCAUGUGCCAGAGUGCAACUUUCCAGCUGCACUCUCCAUUUUUUUUUUUUCCCCCAUUUGGCAUGCUAGAUGUCCGUUCGGUUUGCCAGCACCACUGUGAACCAGUUCACGGUGGUUCACAAGAAGUUCAGAAAUUGUGCAGCUAGAUUUCUGCAGUGCAGAUGCGGUGCAGGCGUUAUGUCCGACUAAUGCGUAUGGAGUGCCUAAGUUUCAGAGGUCCUGAACUGCAGAUAUGGGGCGUAAAUACACACCACACUUGCAUAGGCACAUCAGACAUGCAUAAGCAGAGUCUUAAUGGCGCUUGCACCCGUGUGCUGCGUAGUCUGCUGCACCUGUACACCUACACCAAGUCGGCACCUACAGUGGAGUGGGUGCAGCAAAAUCGUGAACCAGCCCUCGUACGUACCUAGGGUACGUUCGAUUCACCUGCACUGCCUGAACCAAUUCACGAGGUGCUACACUGUGCCAUUCGUUUCAGAGGUGCAGCAAUGGCACCCGCUGAACCACGCUGUUCCGUUUCAAAAGGUGCAGGGCUGGUUCAUGAUUGUGCUGCACCCACUCCACUCUCGGUGCUGACUUGGUGCAGGCGUACAGAUGUGAAACAGCAGCGCAGCAGACGACGCAGCACACGGGCGCGAGCGCCAUUAAGACUCUGCUUAUGCAUGUCUGGUGCGUCUAUGCAAGUGUGGUGUGUAUUUACGUCCCAGAAGCCGAUCAUACCUGCAGUUCAGGACCUAACUUACACACUCCGUGCACAUUAGUCGGACAUGACGGCUGCACAAUUUAUUUACUUGUGAAUUGCCAUGAACCUGUUCACAAUGGUGCAGGCAAAUCAAACGGACCUACUGUGCAGGAGAGAUUAUUAAACCAGCAGUCUCAUCCUUAGAAGGACGUGUGCACGCUGAGUUGUUCGGUACUAGGUGUUGUGUCAGAACUGAUUACCAGCUUGUGUAACUAACUCUUUUCUGCUGGUAUCCAUCUUCCACUGGAAACCGUAAUAAUUGUACUAUUGUCAAAAGCCCAAAAGUUCAGGCUGUUUUUCUCACCUGUGCAUACUGGCUUUUGCUCCCCCAAUUGUCUAUGUAAUUCAGCAGUGGUACUGCACUCUGCCUUUUAGUCUUCUUGCCCCCCCCCCCCCUCUCUCUCACACUGUGCUGUCCAUUUUUUUUUUUUUUUUAAUGAAGUCAGGACACUCUUCUUCUAGUUUGUCAUUUUUCCAGUCAAGCCGAAGAAAGGUCCCCCCUGCCACCCCGGGUGCCAAAGUAGCCAAGGAGUUGGCUUUGCUCUGAAUACAGCAUCUGUAACAGCAGCAGGAGUCAGUUUUUUCAGUAGACAUCAUCAUCGGCCUAUUUUAACACAAUAGCGUUAAGGGCCCCGUGUCGCAGAAAAUCCGGCGUCUGGCGGAAAUAAUCGUGCCCAACCACAUCAUCCCGAACCACCCUGACCACGUGGCGCAAGGCGUUCGUGAACAAAAAAUUGAAUUUCUCAAAGUAAAAUGCGUCGGAAAAAUCGUUAAGUAUGACUUAACCACAACCUACAGGCGUGAUAGCGUCGGACUGUAAUUUGAAUAUACGAGAAAAAAACCUGAUAAGCAGCCAGGGAUCUUUGAAUGCUAUCGCGUUCCACUCUUAAAGGCGAAGCUUAUGCGUCCUCCAAUUCUGAUGGCGUUUGGCUUAACUUUGGUUCUAGGCAACAUUGAGGGCAAUGUUGAAAACCAAGCCUUCCUAAAUUUUGGACAUACGCACUUCUGGGCAACAGCAAACAAUUAAUAAAAAGGUUCUAGGGCCUUCACAUUUUCAUUAUGAUGGCUUAAUUUGCUCCUGUAAAAAGGUCUUCCCAGCAAUGCAUUUGUGUUUAAAAGUGAAGCCAAGGGGAUCAGUGUAAGCUUGGUCUUUGUAAGCUGCCUUUCCCACAUUGUGUGUUGCAGUGAAGCCUACUCAUAAAGAAAAAUGAUGCGAAUGUAGCCGAUAACGCUAUCGUGUUCCACUCUUAAAGGCGAAGCUUAAGCGUCCUCCAAGUUUUUUUAUGUCCACUGCAAGACGAAGGGCCUCUCCCUGCGAUCUGCAUUUACCCGUCUUGCGCUAGCCGAUUCCAAUUUCCACCUGUAAAUUUCCUAACUUCAUCCCCACCCCACCUAGUUUUCUGCCAUCCUAGACUGCGCUUCCCUUCUCUUGGCACCCAUUCUGCAACUCUAAUGGUCCACUGGUUAUUUACCCUAUGCAUUACAUGGCCUGCCCAGCUUCAUUUCUUUCUCUUAAUGUCUAUUAGAAUAUCCGCUAUUCCCGUUUGCUCUCUGAUCCACACCGCUCUCUUAACGUUAGGCCUAGCAUUUUUUUGUUCCAUCGCUCUUCGUGCGGUCCUUAACUUGUUCUCGAGCUUCUUUGUUAACCUCUAAGUUUGUGCCUCAUAUGUUAGCACCGGUAGAAUGCAAUCAUUGUACACUUUUCUCUUCAACGACAGUGGUAAGCUCCCAGUCAGGAUUUGGUAAUGCCUGCCGUAUACACUCCAACCCAAUUUUAUUCUGUAAGUUUCCUUCUCAUGAUCAGGGUCCCCCGUGAAUAAUUGACCUAGAUGAACAUACUCCUUUACACUCUCUAGAGGCUGACUGGCAAUCGUGAAUUCUUGUUUCAUUGCCAGGUUAUUGAACAUUAUCUUUGUCUUCUGCAUAUUAAUCCUAAACCCCACUCUUACACUUCUUCACUCUUCAGUAGAUAUAUUAGUUGCUAAUGCACACCGAGUUCUCUUGCAAGAGCCACAGCCACUGGAUAAAAAAAAAGGUGUGGCCUGCCGCGUGCAUCGAAAAUGGUGUCGUCCGCUGCGGCGCCACCAGUCGGGGACUGUCUGGGAUCUGCAUAGAAAAUGCGUCGGGAACGCGCUUGGAACGUCGUCACCCGUGGAAACCGUCCCAUCCCUGUCAGCUAGCGCCAUUCGGCUCAGUCAAGCAGCCGAGAAUGCAACUACGGCUGCGACAUUUGCUCUCAUUGCAGCCCGCCUGACGCGGCAGGCCGCGCCUUUGUGUUUUUAUCCAGCGGCCGUGCAAGAACCGUUGCGUCCAGUACUUUACGUGCGCACUCCCCCUCGAGCUUUUAAAAUGUGCGACGCCGUGGACGACAAGACAUGUAAGCACCAGUGUCGCAAGCAGUCUGUGCGGCUUGUGAGAUUCCUUUGUUCACUCGGGUAUCAGCCAAGGGACAAACCAUUGCUUGAUCUCGUAGUAGUCCGAGUCGCGGUUGGCAAGUAACUUCGCAAGCCAUCCCACGUGUUCAUGCAAGGGAGCCAUGCUCCCUAGUUGCAGCUUGUGUUAGAUGCCGCAGUGUGUGUGCAUGUGUGUGCGCGUGUGUCAAGCAUCAUUGUUCGGUUUCUAUCUUACAUUGGUGGCUCGGCAUGCUGAUAUAAGGAAUGCAGAUAUGUUUCUUUUAGGUUAUGUCCAAAGGAUCCUGACUUGUUUUAUGUUAUUCCUGCAUCUGCAAAGAGCAGGCAUCCUUGUUUAACCCUGGGUUGAGUGAAUAGAAAUGCUGGGUGCCACUGUAGGCCUGCUGUACAUCCUUUCUAGUGGGCAUGCAUUGCAUUGUUCCUGUGGCACUAGAUAAAUUGCCAUAGCCAGAAUGCAAUUUCUGGCCCAUGCAACUACAUGAAAAGUUGAAACGUGCAUAACUUGGAGAUUCUUUGAACUGUUCACUUUGCACAAGAAAGCUUGUCAGCAACAAGCUGUUACACAAAUUGCCUUCAACAACUCAGUACUGCAACUGCUACGGACAAUUUAUGUAGGUAGGUAGUUAGCAUAUCAACAGUAGUAGUCAAGUUCUUCAUUUUGAGGAGUUCCAUAACUCUUUUUUUGCCUUCAUAACAAAUUGAGACUGCAUGCUGCUUUCAAGCAGCACUAGUAUGUGAACCUUUUCUUGACUGCAAAUGCCACGACUGAAUACAAGUGAUUCUGCUUGACAUUGGAUUCAGUGAAAUUUGUUUGAGAUGCUUGCCCAGUAAUCACUUCCACGAGCCAAGAGUUGAUGUAUUUCUUUUUUGAUUAAA